CCCUCCGCCCGCCGGGCCGCCGCAGCCUGCCAGCCUUGCGUGCGCCCUCGUCUUCCCUUCCUACUUCAGGCUUCACCUUGCGGGCAGGCUCGGGGAGGAGGCCGGAGGAAGCCGCCCGUGCCCCUGGCGGCGGCGUGCGGUGCGUGUGCGCAUGGAGGCGCCGGGCGCGGAGCCGGGGCGGAGAGGGCGAGGAGAGGCUUCAUGAGGGCAGCGGCCCUGCCGGGGAUCGCCGCCUCGCCGGGCGUUUCCCUCCCCCUGCCGCCCGCCCUGCCCUGGCCGCGCUUCCGACCCUGAAGCCGGUCGGCUCGUCUCCGAAAAAACUUUUCCGCAGCGGCCGAGGAUGGAGCCUGCCGGUAUGGAUUAUUUCUGCGACCAGGUACAGCAGAAGGACGUGGGCCGCAGGAUGCAGGUCGGCCAGGAGCUGCUGGAGUACCUGAGCGACCCGGCGAGGUCCCCCGAUGUGGAGCAGGACCAGCAACGCCUUGACAAAGUGAUCGACGAAUUAACAGGAUGGGUCAACUCUAGUAAUUUUAAGGUAGCAUUACUGGGAUUAGAUGUUUUAGGUGCCUUUGUUGACAGACUAUCAGGACGCUUUAAAUCCUAUAUAGGAACCGUUCUCCUGCCUUUGAUAGAUCGUAUGGGAGAUGCCAAAGACCAAGUUCGAGAGCAAGCACAGAAUCUUAUAUUGAAAUUGAUGGACGAAGCAGCACCACCCAUGUACAUUUGGGAACGCCUUGCUGUUGGUUUUAAACACAAGAAUUACCGAUCCCGAGAAGGAGUGUGUUUGUGUCUUAUUGCUACGUUAAACAUUUAUGGUGCACAACCAUUAAUCCUCAGCAAGUUGGUACCACAUCUGUGUACCGCGUUUGGUGACUCGAAUAGUCAGGUGAGAGAUGCUGCCAUACUAGCCAUUGUAGAGGUUUAUAGACAUGUGGGAGAGAAAGUACGAAUAGAUCUUACGAAGAGAGGAAUUCCUCCUGGAAGGUUGCAAACAAUCUUUGCAAAAUUUGAUGAAGUAAGAAACUCUGGAAAUAUGAUUUUAAGUAGCAUCAGUGACAAAAGCUUUGAUGAUGAAGAGUCAGUGGAUGGAAAUAGGCCAUCAUCAGCUGCUUCAGCCUUCAAGGUUCCGGCACCUAAAAAGCCAGGAAAUCCUUCAAACAGUGCAAGAAAGCCAGGAUCAGCUGGUGGGCCUAAGGUUGGAGGUUCCUCUAAAGAAGGAGGAGCUGGAGCUGUGGAUGAGGAUGAUUUUAUUAAGGCAUUUACAGAUGUUCCUACUGUACAGAUCUAUUCUAGUCGAGAACUUGAAGAAACGUUGAACAAAAUCAGGGAAAUUCUCUCAGAUGACAAACAUGAUUGGGAUCAACGAACUAAUGCGCUGAAGAAAGUUCGGUCAUUGCUUGUUGCUGGAGCUGCGCAGUAUGAUGGAUUUUUCCAGCAUUUACGGUUGUUGGAUGGUGCUUUCAAGCUGUCGGCCAAGGAUCUCAGAUCGCAGGUGGUUAGAGAAGCAUGCAUUACUGUAGCUCAUCUUUCAACUGUUCUGGGAAACAAGUUUGAUCAUGGCGCUGAAGCUAUUGUGCCUACUCUUUUUAAUCUGGUUCCCAACAGCGCCAAAGUGAUGGCAACUUCUGGGUGCGCAGCCAUUAGAUUCAUUAUUCGGCAUACUCAUGUGCCACGACUCAUACCUUUAAUAACAAGCAACUGUACCUCAAAAUCAGUUGCAGUUAGAAGGCGCUCCUUUGAAUUUUUAGACCUGUUGUUACAAGAGUGGCAAACACAUUCGUUGGAAAGGCACGCAGCUGUCUUGGUUGAAACAAUCAAGAAGGGCAUUCAUGAUGCUGAUGCAGAAGCAAGAGUGGAGGCAAGAAAGGCUUAUCUGGGUCUUAGAAAUCACUUUCCUAGUGAAGCCGAGACUCUGUACAAUUCUCUUGAGCCGCCCUAUCAAAGAAGCCUCCAGACCUACUUGAAGAAUUCUGGCAGUAUAGCAUCUCUCCCUCAGUCAGAUAGGUCAUCCUCCAGCUCACAGGAGAGCCUCAAUCGGCCUCUGUCUUCUAAGUGGUCUGCAGCCAGCCCAGCAAGCCUUGCAGGCAGAGUUUCAGGCAGCAGCAAGAGCGUUCCAAGUCCAGGAACUCUGCAAAGGUCUCGCAGCGACAUUGAUGUUAAUGCUGCUGCAGGUGCAAAGGCCCGCCAUGCUGCUGGACAGACAGCUGGAGCUGGGCGCUUGUCAGCAGCUGGUCUACCUCCGGGAUCUUACGCUUCACUAGAGGAUACUUCUGACAAGAUGGAUGGAACAGCUUCUGAAGAUGGUCGUGUACGAACAAAGCUUUCAACGCCUUCUGUUGGUAUUGGAAAUUCUAAAACAGAUUCCAGAGGACGGAGUAGAACCAAAGUGGUGUCACAGUCUCAGCGUUCAUCAUCGCCAGACAAAAAUGAAGGAUCACAGUCUGCUAACCCCAUUGGUGCUGGCAGUAGAUCUGGGUCUCCUGGAAGAGUUUUGACAACAACCACACUUUCCACUAUGAACACAGGAGUUCAGAGAGUGUUAGUGAAUCCUGCAACUGCACAAAAACGAAGCAAAAUCCCACGAAGUCAGGGAUGUAGUAGAGAAGCUAGUCCUUCUAGAUUGUCAGUAGCACGAGGCAGCCGCAUUCCUCGGCCUAGUGUGAGUCAGGGCUGCAGUCGGGAGGCCAGCCGUGAAAGUAGCAGGGACACAAGCCCUGUCCGCUCUUUUCCACCCCUUGCUUCCAGGCAUCACUCCAGAUCCACUGGUGCCCUCUACACUCCUGAUGUUUAUGGGGCUACAGGUACUGGCUUUGGAAUUAGUCAGUCGAGUAGAUUGUCGUCAUCAGUUAGUGCUAUGCGAGUUCUGAACACAGGUUCUGACGUGGAAGAGGCAGUAGCAGAUGCUUUGCUCUUAGGAGACAUACGGACUAAGAAGAAGCCUGUACGAAGAAGAUACGAGUCCUAUGGGAUGUACUCAGAUGAUGAUGCCAACAGUGAUGCAUCAAGUGCCUGUUCAGAAAGGUCCUAUAGCUCUAGGAAUGGAAGCAUACCAACAUAUAUGAGACAGACAGAAGAUGUGGCUGAAGUCCUAAAUCGCUGUGCCAGCUCCAACUGGUCAGAGAGAAAAGAAGGCCUUCUAGGCCUGCAAAACUUAUUAAAGAACCAGAGAACUUUAAGUCGUGUUGAGUUGAAAAGGUUGUGUGAAAUCUUCACAAGAAUGUUUGCUGAUCCUCACAGUAAGGUGUUCAGUAUGUUUUUGGAGACACUGGUGGACUUCAUCCAGGUCCAUAAAGAAGAUCUGCAGGACUGGCUGUUUGUACUGCUGACACAGCUGUUGAAAAAAAUGGGUGCUGAUUUGCUUGGGUCUGUACAAGCAAAAGUUCAGAAGGCACUUGAUGUUACAAGAGAAUCUUUUCCAAAUGACCUCCAGUUCAGUAUUUUAAUGAGAUUUACUGUUGACCAGACCCAAACACCUAGCCUGAAGGUCAAAGUUGCAAUCCUUAAAUACAUAGAGACUCUUGCGCAACAGAUGGAUCCAGGAGACUUUGUAAAUUCAAGUGAAACUAGGUUAGCAGUGUCUCGAAUCAUCACCUGGACCACAGAACCUAAAAGCUCAGAUGUUAGGAAGGCUGCACAGUCAGUGCUGAUUUCCCUUUUUGAACUCAACACUCCAGAGUUUACAAUGCUAUUGGGUGCUUUACCAAAAACAUUUCAGGAUGGAGCCACAAAGCUUCUCCAUAAUCAUCUCCGGAAUACGGGCAACAGUGGUCAGGGAUCAAUGGGAAGUCCUUUAACAAGACCUACUCCACGCUCCCCAGCAAGUUGGUCAAGUCCUCUCACUUCCCCAACCAAUACAUCACAGAACACUUUGUCACCAAGUGCAUUUGACUAUGACACUGAAAAUAUGAAUUCUGAAGAUAUUUACAGCUCUCUUCGUGGAGUCACUGAAGCCAUUCAGAAUUUCAGUUUUCGUAGUCAGGAAGAUAUGAAUGAGCCUGUAAAACGAGAUUCCAAAAAAGAUGAUGGCGAUUCGAUUUGCAGUGCUUCUGGAAUAGUAGACCUACGAGCAGGAGGUGGUCUGAGCGAUACAGGCCGAACAGCUCUUGAUAACAAAACAUCAUUACUCAACACAAUGCCUCCCCACUCUUCACCACGUUCACGAGAUUAUAACCCGUACAAUUAUUCUGAUGGUAUCAGUUCAUUUAAUAAAUCUGCUUUGAAAGAAGCCAUGUUUGAUGAUGAUGCAGAGCAAUUUCCUGAUGAGCCUCCCAUGGACCAUUCUGAUCUGGUUGCAGAGUUACUGAAAGAGUUAUCAAACCAUAAUGAGAGAGUGGAGGAAAGAAAGGCUGCCCUGUACGAGCUCAUGAAGUUAACUCAGGAAGAGUCUUUCGGUGUUUGGGAUGAGCACUUCAAAACAAUACUACUUUUGCUGCUUGAAACACUUGGAGAUAAAGAGCAUGCAAUUCGAGCUUUGGCAUUGAAAGUUCUAAGAGAGAUUCUAAGAAACCAGCCAGCAAGGUUUAAGAAUUACGCAGAGCUCACAAUCAUGAAGACAUUAGAAGCACAUAAGGAUCCUCAUAAGGAGGUGGUGAGAUCUGCUGAAGAAGCUGCUUCCAUGCUGGCCACUUCCAUUAGCCCAGAUCAGUGCAUCAAAGUUCUUUGUCCAAUUAUCCAAACUGCAGAUUACCCCAUUAAUCUGGCUGCAAUCAAAAUGCAGACGAAAGUCAUAGAAAGAGUAUCUAAAGAAACCCUUACUCAGCUUUUACCAGAGAUUGUGCCAGGUCUAAUACAGGGUUAUGAUAAUUCAGAGAGCAGUGUUCGUAAGGCAUGUGUUUUCUGCCUUGUAGCCAUUCAUGCAGUAAUUGGUGAUGAACUAAAACCACAUCUCAGUCAACUCACUGGCAGUAAAAUGAAAUUAUUGAACCUUUACAUCAAACGUGCACAAACAGGCUCUGGACCAGGGGAUACAACGGCAGAUAUGUCUGGACAAAGCUAAUGAAGCUGACAAGAGUUAACCAGGUCUCCUAAAGCAAGGGCAAGGCCCUCUUCAGUGAAAGGAAAAUUCUUACAUACAACUUUUGGAACUUUUUUCUUGUUUUUUUCCCUUUCUCUUGUUGUUUGUUUUUUGUUUUGGUUUGGUUUUUUUCUUUAACCAACGGCUGUCCUCAGCCUGCAUGUGACUGUUGCAAUAGAAUUAUUCCAAAUCCAAGGAAAAACAGUAUUAACAUCAGUUGAUCAAAGCAGAAUAAAAUUUAAAAAUAAUCUAAUCCAUCAGUUAUCCUGUUCGCAAUCCUCUGUGUCUUCCCAUUAACUUUUGCCAGUGUUAUUGUAUUAAAAAAAAGAUUUUUUUUUUAAUGCUAAUUAAAAAGGUAUGCUUUGAGCUUCAGAAGUUAAAAUACAAAUUCUGUUGCUUUUAUUCAGCUGCAGAUAACAUUACUUUUUUAUUGCUAUUUUGUUUGAGUAUCAUGUCCUUCGCUAGAAACAAGAAGUGAUGUGAAACAAGGCUGAACUAGUCUGAACUGCAGUGAGACUCGUUCACUGUGGUGGUGGUUCAUCAUCUUAUUUACAGCUUGUUUGGGAUAUUCUGGAGAUUGAGAAAUAUGCCUAUAAAAAAAAAAAAGCUGGAUUGAUCCAGUUCUGUAAAAGUGAUAUUGUUCAUUGGUUGUAUGUUUGUUGCAUAAAUAAGACUUUAGUGUGCGCAGUAGAGGACUGGUACAACCAGUACCUCUUAAUGUGGAAGACAGCCCUUUCAGGGUAGCAUUGCCGACCUGGUGAUAGUGUGGCAGUCUGCUUUUUAGCAGCAGAGUUAAUGGUCACUUGAUGGACGUGAACCAUCCUUGUCACCUUUCGUUCUUCAAGCAGGAUGCUUCAGAAUGGAGUGCUCUGCCCAAGCAUGCUCAGUAUGUAUUUAUCUUUAUCACUAGAAUGUUUCCUCUCAACCUAAUUGCUGGAACAAGUAGUCUUGUAUUGUAACUCACAUGGGAUUUUAUGACAACAGUGCAGAAAACUAUUUAUUCGUUACCUUCCUAAAAGCACCAAGAUUUUCUGCACUGAAUUUAAAUGGGGGGGGAGGGGGAAUAGUCACAAAUGCUAUGGAUCUUGCCACCUUUUAAUUUAAAAAAAAAGAAUAUAUAUAUUUUGGAUGAGUUGGGAAAGCUGCACCAAAUUAUUUGCAUGGUUUUCUUGAAUAGCAUCCUCAAGACCCAUCUGGAUUAAGGUGUGGAAAUGUUUCCAGGGUUUGUUUUUCCAUUUUUGAAAAAGAGUUAGUUUAUUGUGAAUAAUGGUUCUUUGUAUUUAUGAACUUGAUAAUGGAAAGAGAACAAAGAUCAAGUAAAUGUGUCCCUAAAUGUUGUCUUUUUCUUUUUUCUUUUUUUCUUUUUUCUUUUUUUUUUGGUUUUGGAUAUAAGCAGCAAGCUAGUUAACUGAGAACUGGGAUGAAACAGUGUCCUUCCCAGGAAUGGUGGAACUUUUUUUUUCUCCUGAGUUUUUUCCCUUUGACUGUGAUGUUGUCUAGUUGUAGGAAGUGUAUCCUGAUAAGAGAGAAAAUAACGGUGCCAAGGAUGAUGAUCUAUGCUAGGCUAAAAUUCUCUCUACCUCUUCAGGGUGACUAAUUUUUGACUGAGCUGCUGCAUAUAGCACCCGGUGGAAGAACUAUCUACAAAAAAAUCUUUUUUUUUUUUUUUUCCCAAAUUAUCACUUAGUGUGUAUUCAAAACUCUAUUCUUCAACAUUGCAGCCAAAUAUCAUAAGAAACUACUUAUACACUUGCUAGGAACCCUGAAAAGCAAAACUGAAUAAAAAUUAAGUCAGAUGCUUGUAGUUACAUGAAAGGUUGUUUUCACUUUAGUUUGAAGUGAAUGCAAUAGAAAGAGCUAAGAUGUGGUUGUUAAAGAAGCAAUGCCGUUGCAGAGAUUUAUUUGGAGGAAAAGUUGUAGAAAUAUGUGUAAAGACUUAAAACCAAGACUGUCAUAACUCGCCGCUAGCCCUUUUUAGCAGCUACAUCAAGAAAAUAGUAUCUCCUCUUUCUUUCCUUUGUUACGUGUAACAUCCUUGUUGUUUUCUACUGUUUAAUUACAUUGUGUAUUUAUAGUUCUAUGCUUACCAUUGUGCAUAUACUGGCAAUAAAAUGUACAUAACAUUACUUAAAAAAUUAGCAAUGUAUACAUUCUGGUUUUCUGUUUUAUUUGAUCACAUGGCAUAAGAAAAAUGAUAAAUGUGAUUGAUACAACAUUGGUUAAAAAAAAUUUUAUCUUCA